AAUCUGGAAGUGACCAAUUAUAGCCAAUUCCCAGUGAUAACUUUCAUAAAUCUACGUUGAGUUUAUUAAUUCAUUAAGUUUGCUGUUUUGAAAGACGUCUACAUUUUAAAGCAAACGAUUAAAAUCAUAAGAAACAAAAAAUAAAUGAACGUCAAAUUUCAUCGGCAAAGUAAAACCACUGAUACGUUCAAUUGUUUAAAGUUAUUAAUAUAGAAAAACAAAUAAAAUGGCACAUUUAAUGUCAUUUUACGAGAUUUUAUCUCUGGUCAGUUUCACUUUGUUAUAUAUGCACUGCCAAUUAGUGUUUUGCUUAUUUGAGGAAAACAAAAAGCCAACCUAUCUGGAAGGUCGUGUUGGCGGCUAUGUCGUAUUCAAUUGUCCAGUUGAAUUCCCGAAUGACUAUCCAAUACCUUACAAUAUAAAUUGGAGCAAAGAUGGUAAAUUAUUCUACGCAUGGUAUGGAGAAGAUUCAUCUUUUACAAAUCAAGAAUAUGCUGGUAGAGUUCGUCUCAUUGAUACUCAUUAUGGUUUGGGAAAAGCGAGCAUCAAUCUUACUUCUGUCAGAGAAGCAGACACCGGAUGGUAUGAAUGCAGAAUGAGCUAUCCAAAUCGUUCACCCCAAACCACUCGUAAUGGAACUUGGUUUAGCUUAGCAGUGGAUGGGGGAACACUUUUAAAAAUUCCACCAAUAAAUCAAACAGUGCUUGAAUAUGAAUCUGCGUUUUUUCCUUGUUCUGUUAAGAAUCCCGAAACAAUGUUUGUGACUUGGUAUAAGGAUGGAAAAAUUUUAUCUACGUUCAGUGAUUUAGCGUCAAGAUCAGUAAUGGGAUCUGAUAGUGGCCUUCUCAUAACGCCUACGCUAAUGACUGACUUUGGAGUUUUUGAAUGUAGAGUAAAGAAUAUGAUUGGAGAAGAAGAAGACGCUCAUGCUUAUCUCAAUGUUCAAUACAAAGCUAAAGUUGUCUACGCUCCUAAAGAAGUUUUCUUUGCUUAUGGCCAACAAGCAAUUCUUGAUUGUCAUUUUCGAAGUAAUCCACCUUUGACUAACCUAAGAUGGGAAAAAGAUGGAAUUCUUUAUGAUCCAUACAAUAAUGUUUUUUAUAAAAGGAAUGGAUCGCUUUUUUUCAGUGAAGUUGAUGAUCUCCAUGGUGGAAAGUAUACUUGCACUCCUUAUAAUGUAUUAGGGACAGAAGGGCCAUCACCAAUCAUUAAAGUUUUAGUCCAACAUCCACCUGAGUUUACACUCAAACCUAAGUCAGUUUACAUCCGAAAGCUUGGUGAAUCUGUGACAAUGAAUUGUUCAGCAAAAGAUAAACAUACCAAUGAUGAUCGUUCUCUUAUUGAUUGGACAAGAAAAGAUGGAAUUCCUUUACCAUUUCAUCGUCACACUAUAAAUGGCGGAAACUUAACAAUUGAAAAUUUAACUGCUCAUGAUAGAGGAAUUUAUACAUGUGCAGCAAUUAACGAAGCUGCGAAAAUUGAAACUGAUGCUGAAUUAAUGAUUGAAACAUUUUCACCGAAAGCUCCUUCAAAUUUAACUGCUAAUAGCACUAAAGAUUCAAUUACAAUUCGUUGGGUUCAAAAUUAUGUUCGCCAUGGAAUAAAAUUUUCAAUUUGGUAUCGGCUUUCAGAUUCAGCUGAGUGGCGAACACAUCAAGUGAAAUCCACAACAGAUUAUGUUUCUACGAACACGACUACGAAGAACGUGUCAGCAUUCUCUCAACUUGGGCCACCCCGAAAUGUUUCAAUCGAGACAAGACCGGAUGGAUUUUUUGUUUGUUGGAAUUCACCUGAUUGGGGUCAACAAAGCUUAGUGGUUUACGUUAUUCGAUGGUACCUCGAACCUGAGCAUAUACUUUGUGGAAAGGCAGAAACAACUGACAAUUUCUACAUAAUUCCCGAAGGUCUAUUGGAAAAUGGAGUUCUUUACACAUUGCAAGUUUCUUCUGUAUCAACAUCUAAUUAUGAAGCUUUCGGUGAAGAAUUACAAAUUGUGACUCCUCAAUAUGGUAUCACUCAAGUUAUCACGAUUGGAGCAAUUGUCAUACUGAUUUUAUUGUUAUGCACUGGAAUAAUUUUAUAUUUUAAGCGAAAUUUAUUUGCAACAUAUUAGAAGAUAAAUCAUAAAUUAUGUCUACGUGUAUAAGCAUUUUAUUCUCGUUUAUAAAUUAUAUUAUGUCUAAUAAAAUGAUUCAAUCAUAAAAAUAUUCUUUCGAAUAUAUUUAUCAGUCAAA